CAUACAUUGCCUGAAGAAAAAGCCAUCGAAGGUGAGGCUGCCUAAUAUAUUGCCUGAUGAAACUCUGGAAUUCUCUUUACAAUGCGAUACAAGAUUGUAGAAAUAUAUUCCAAUUGAAAAACAUAUAUAAAAACAGAACAAUAAGAUGAUAUGGACAGCCGUAAGUGUUUGCAUUUUGCUUUAUAUUUAUUAUUUUACUUAUUUUUUGUCUGGUUUUGUAUUUGUUUUGUAUCAUCCCGUGAGGUGUAUAUUAUUUUUUGCUCGGUUUGUACUUCAUGAAGUUUUUGCACUUGUUGUUUUUUGUUUGUUUUAAUUAUAUUUGGAUGUAUUUGUUUGGUUUGUAUGCUUGUGAAUCUGGGCUAUCCAUUAACUACCUCUUAUGUUGAAGGGGGCAGGAAAUAUAACAUUUUCCUCAUCCUGUUCCUUCUCAAGCAUAGAUUUAUUGGUUGAUUGAUUGAUUGAAACUUGUAUUAGUAGAUUGCACAGUACAGUACAUGUUCCGUGCUAAAUGGUAACACCCCAAUAAGUUUUUCAACGUGUUUAAGUCCGGUGUGUGAAUAUGUGUUUCGUUGUUAAAGUUUAAUCGUCUAUUGAUCAAAAAUGCACAUCAAUGAAGGAGAUAAAUAAGAAUGAAAUGAAAUGAAAGAAAGAGCCAUUGACGCUGAGGCGGCCUAAUACAUUGCCUGGAAGAAAAAGCCUCUGACGGUGAGUGGCUGACCCAGAAUCAGUUUAUCGCCUGUAGAGCGCGACUACAUGGGAACGUCAACUGAUUCUAAAUCGGAUUUGAGCGGUAACCAUUUGUUUAUAGACCAAGCCGAAGCAGGAUAUGAACAAAUUAAAAUGUGUUUCCUAGUCGUCAUUUUAAUUAUGUAUACAUGUGUAAAACAGUGUAUACAUUUUUGUAUUUUAUUUGGUUAAAAAAAGUUAGCCGCCAUCACUUCAUUGACACGCAUGCGUAAUAGUUCAGGUUUUUUGUUUUUUUUUGCUGACAUUUCGGCAUUAUGGAAUGUUGCUAUCGUCACCUCAUUGACAACAUGCACGUAAGCAGUUCAUGUUGGACCAUGGGAAAAGAAAGAUAAUUGACGGGAAAACUAACUUUAAUAUAGAAUGUGUUUUGACAAAAUCCGGAAGUGAAUGCUAGCUUAGCUGGGUUUAGCCUAGCUGUGCUCUGGUGACGUCACCCGGGAGGACGUGCUGGAAGAUGGCGCCAACUGAAUGGACAUCCUAAUGACAGUGUCCACAUUGGCCUCUUUUUCCACCAUGGGUAUCAAUGCCUCGGCUCUGGAGAAAGAUAUUGGAGCGGAGCAGUUCCCGGUCAACGAGCACUACUUUGGCCUGGUCAACUUCGGCAACACCUGCUACUGCAACUCCGUGCUGCAGGCGCUCUAUUCCUGCCAGCCCUUCCGGGAGAAGAUCCUGGCCUACCGCAGCCAGCCCAGGAGGAAGGAGAACCUGCUCAGCUGCCUGGCAGACCUCUUCCACACCAUCGCCACCCAGAAGAGGAAGGUGGGCGUCAUCCCGCCCAAGAAGUUCAUCACCCGCCUUCGCAAGGAGAACGAGUUGUUUGACAACUACAUGCAGCAGGACGCACAUGAGUUCCUCAACUACCUUCUCAACACCAUCGCUGACCUGCUGCAGGAGGACAAGAAGCAGGACAAGACUAAUGGCCGCCUGGCCAACGGCGCCUUAGACUCUCAGAACAACAACAACAACAACAACAACAACAACAACCACCAGCAGCAGCAGCAGCAGAAGACCACCUGGGUGCAUGACAUCUUCCAGGGCACACUCACCAACGACACCCGCUGCCUCACCUGCGAAACGAUCAGCAGCAAAGAUGAGGACUUUCUGGAUCUUUCUGUGGAUGUGGAACAAAACACCUCCAUCACACACUGCCUCAGAGGCUUCAGCAACACUGAGACAUUGUGUAGUGAGUACAAGUACUACUGUGAGGAAUGUCAGAGCAAGCAGGAGGCACACAAGAGGAUGCGUGUGAAGAAGCUGCCCAUGAUCCUGGCUCUGCACCUGAAGCGUUUCAAGUACAUGGAAAAGCUGCAGCGCUACACCAAGCUGUCCUAUCGUGUGGUCUUCCCACUGGAGCUCCGCCUCUUCAACACGUCAGGUGACGCCACCAACCCUGAGCGUCUGUACGACCUGGUGGCCGUGGUGGUGCAUUGUGGGAGCGGUCCAAACCGAGGUCACUACAUCACCAUCAUCAAGAGUCACCACUUCUGGCUGCUCUUUGACGACGACAUCGUGGAGAAAAUCGAGGCUCAGGCCAUCGAGGAAUUCUACGGCCUGACGUCAGAGAUCUCCAAGAACUCUGAGUCGGGCUACAUCCUCUUCUACCAGUCCAGGGACUAGACCAUGUGACAGCAAGCCCCGCCCCCCAGAUUGUGCUAUUUGUAUCAAAUGCACUUUUGUCAGCGAGCAGGACGAUCCUCAUCCUCAAUUGUUUUCUGUUUUAAAGAAAAACCAAUAAAGUUGUCAUUCUUCCUGCUGUCAA